AUGAACCUGCUUUGGCGUUCUGCAUCUAACAAACCUAAAGAAAGGAGGUAUAGCAACCACGAGGGAAAAAAUGACAGGAAGAAUGAAGAUAAAUCGACCUCCAAAACGGCUUACGUAUUCUCUGAGUUCCCAAGAAUUAUAGAACGACGUUUCGGAGAAAGUUUGGGGUAUAGAACACAUUUGCUUAAUGAUUUGAUAGCUAACGAUCAAUUAGGUUUAGGUCCACCGGAUCUGGUUCAUACUACUCUCUAUGACAGAUUUCAUAAGGAAGAAGUAGGUGAGUAUUUUUACAUCACUGGUGUCGAUGUAUCAAGCUGCUCAAUGCCUUUAGCAUUACUUAGAAUGUUGAAACUAGGUCAAGAACAAUACCAUGAACCAGGUAAUGUAUCCACUUAUUGCUGCACGAAUAUUUUCAGUAAGCUUGAUAUAAGAAUUAGGUACGAACUCGACAACACGUUCCAAGUUAGCGCGAUAGACUGUCAUGAGGGGACCACAAUAGUUCAACUGACCGAUCCAAUAUGGGAGGAGACGUUUGUAAGCUGUUGUAUGAGAAGCUUACUAACAAAUACUGAUGUUGAAAGAAAAUUGCCGGGAUUAGUUGAAUAUCCUUUAGCCAUUCAAAGUGCAGGUAAUACAAAUUCGAAAAGAGUUGUAUCAACGCUCUGUAAAUUUCUGCCUAGAGCAAUAGAUUCCGGUUGGGAUAGUACCCGUAGUAUUCAUCCUACAAUACUUCAAAACUAUUUGAUGGAAUCUUUGCUUCUUUUCCUAUCUAUAACGCCAAAUCUUGUUGAUUUUGCAAUAGAGACCUUGAAUACUCUGAUCAAGACUGAUCCUUUAAAUAAAUUAUAUUACAAGAUUGGGAUUAUUGCUAUCCUCGAACAAAGUGGAGAGAAGGAUUUAGAAUUAAUCAAGAGAUUACAUGAAACCCUUGAACCACUUUUAUCUAUUUUGGAUACUCUAGAACCUCGCGAUUCUAAUUCAUUCCAGUUGCUCAAUUGCAUUUCGAUAUUGCUAGAUCUUCAAGCAAAAUUUUUAAUAAGAAGGAAUGAUUUUGAGUUGGCCUUAUCAGUUGCGAUUACAUCAACCGAGUUAUCUUUGGACUCUUUUGAAUGCUGGUAUUAUCUUGCUAAAUGUUACAUCAAUCUCGGAGAAUUUGAUAAGGCACUAGGUGCUAUUAAUUCAAUGCCAAAUUUACCCGCGGUAGAUAAUAUAAAGAAGAAAAUUUUGAAUGAGACUGUAUUGUAUGAUUUCUAUAAGAGACCUUUGGGUCGUAGUAGGGAGUUAAAUGAACUGGAUUCCAGAGAAUUCUAUAACCUUGGCAGCACGAUGAAAAAAUGGAGGGAAAGUGACUUGAAGAGUAUGGUAUUUGGUAGAAUUUUGAUGACCAAUGAAUCCGGCAGAGGUCGUAUCAAACAUAUCUGGGAUGAAGUCUGUAUGGAUUUAGGACCUAUAUAUGGGCAUCAAGCCUGUAAUUUGUUAAACUUUGUGUCAUCACAGGAGGUAAAGUCUAUUAAUGACGUGAAUCUGUUAGCCAGAAAUACCAUUGCAAAGCAAUAUAGCUGGUUUGAAUCGCGGGUUUGUGAGCUGUUGAUGAAUAUAAUAUCCAAAAUUGGAUGGAAUGAGCUAUUACAAUUGAGAUCGGAGGUCUUUGUAAUGGAAAGCGAAUAUUCGAAUGAAAAAACGCUUUCUAGCACUGCUAACAAAGAUAUACCACUCAAUGUGAGGAAAAAAAGAGUUUGUGAAAGAUGGUUGGAUCAACUUUUCCUGGACUUAUACGAAGAUCUCAAAAUAAGUAGUAUCAAUUUAGAAAAUAAAGAAGAAAAGCUGAGCGGAUUAGAAUGGGAACUAUUGGGAUUAACUUUACUUAGAACGUGGCAUUUGCAAGAUGCAAAAGCCUGUCUACAGACAAGCAUAAUGGCAAGAUUUGACCCCGUUAGUUGUCAAAAACUCCUAGAACUAUUUCUUAGAAAAGAUACCGCCGAAUUGCACGUUACAGAACUAGAUCUCGUUCUCGAAUUGGUCGUCCAAAAAAUAUCGUACGACUGCAGAUUUUAUGAUGCAUUCCAAGUAACGAAUCUGCAGGUUUUGAUCAAACUGUGCAGUCAAACUGGUGUUGAUGUGUUGAAAAGCCGAGUCGCCUCCUUAUCAUUUAUCGAGGAUGGAGUCAUGACAAUGAUAGAUGCAUUAUUAAACUGGAUUUCAACGACUAUAAAAGAAUAA